AUGGGCGUCUUGGGGCUGCGCAAGUUCAUCGAAGCCUCCUCCUGCACGAAAUUUCUCCCCGAGAUCGCGCCGGAAGCGGCGGCGCCCGCCUCCGCCCGCAGCGGCGAGGCGACGCAGGCGGCGUGCCACCCGGCACUUUCCUCCAGCCCCGCGGCGGCGCCGCAGGCGGAUCACGUCCUGGUGGAUUUGAACUGCGUCAUCCACGCCUGCUUCGGCCGCGGGGCGUCCACGACGACGAAGCGGGAGGUUGUGCAGGCCGUGCUGGAGCAGCUGCGUGUCCUGCUGACGCUGGUGGUGGUGCCGCGGUUGUCGCUGACGAUAUGCAUCGACGGCCCCGCACCGUACGCGAAGCUGCAGACGCAGCGACUGCGCAGGCGGCGGCUGGCGCUGCUUGACACGGGCGGGGCGCAGCAGCUGACCUCGCUCGCCGUGACGCCGGGCUCCCUGUUCCUUGUGGAGCUGGAGAACGCCCUGGCGGCGCAGUUCAAGCUGCGCGGGGGACGCGGAUUUCUGCCCCACUUUGUUCCAGUCUUUCUUCACGGCUCCACCGCGGCAGGCGAGGGCGAGGCGAAGAUCGCGCGGGCGCUGGCCCAUUUGGCCACCGCCGCCCUUCCGCGGGGCGGGCGCUACGACCCGAACCACACCGUCGUUGUGGUCGGCAACGACAUCGACCUCGCCCUGACGUGCCUGGGGGCGACGCAGUACCACAACCUCUUCGUGGUGGGGCCCUCCGCGAUGCAGCUGAUAAGCGUCUCCGAGAUGCUCUACCGGUGGCUGCGUGGCGGGACGCAGGCGGCGGGGGAGUUUCGGCUAACCGCGCAGGAGCUCGCGUCCGUGCGGGUGGACUUUGUCUUUCUCUUCCUCCUCAACGGCGGCGACCACUACGCUGGGGUGGGCGACGUGGCGCACGUUUUGUGGAGGCGCUACCGCACGGUGCGCGCGGCCGCGAUGCAGCGCCGCCUGGUGGCCCCCGACCUGACCUCCGUCGACGUCGCGUUCCUCGCGGACGUUCUGCAGGCCGCCGACUACGGCGGGGGGUGCGAGGCGGAGGUGGGGGUGGAGCUGCUCCGCGCGGCGCUGUGGUCACUCUACACCACCGUCACCGGCGUGUGCCCCGACUACCGGUACGUGCCGGCGCCCGCCUCCCCCCACCUCAACCACCUGCGGGCGGCGGUGGUGCACUGCCUGAAGCAGCACCGCGGCAUUCGCAUUAGGCCCCGCCGCGACUCCGCGGGGCCGCUGACGCCGCUGGAGACGUUUGUCGCGCUGAUGCCCACGGAGGCGGCUCUCCCGUCCGGCGUGGCGCAGGCGCUUCGCUCCUCACGCAGGUACGACCCUAUAGCCCAGCAGCUGCUCACAAGCAACGACGCGGCGGCGGUGGCGGCGGCAGCCAAGCAGGCCGUCGCGGCGGCAGGCGAUUGCCUGACGCUCAGUGAGCAAUGCCUGCGGGAGUUCACGUCGCCUGUGCAGCUGAACGUCCUGCAGCCCCCGCGGCGUCUUUCACGCCAUGAGCAGCACCGCAUGCUCGCAACGAAAGGAAGAAUUGAGCGGGAGGAGCCGAUUCCGCUCGUGACACACGUCACACUGCCGGAGACGUUCUCCUACGUGGACGCCAUGUACCCACCGUACGUGAAGGAGCUGCUGUUUUCCUCGCCGUUUGACGCAGCAACGGCGGGGUCGUCGUCGUCGCCAGGCAAUCACGGCGUCACCGGCACGUUGCAGCCCUUCGCACCCAACUCCGUCCGUGAGCCACGGCGGCGGCUGCGAGGCAGGCGUGGCGGCGGCGGCAGUGGCGCUGAGCUGCGGCGCAUUCCGGUGCACGUGCAGCCAAGCGAGGAGGUCUCUGCGACGCAGCAGAUGCAGCGGACGCUGGAAGCGACGUCGUCGCUGCAAAAGCCGGAGGGGCGCGACAAGAAGACGCUGCGGCGACUUAAAAAGCGGCUCAACGCCCAGCGGCAGCUCGGUGAGAAGCAGCUGCGCUGCGAGGAGAGCGACGCCGAGGCGCGGCGGCACAUGCUUCGCCGGAACGACGAGGCCUUCCUCGCGGAGCUGCAGCGCUUCUUGGGCGAGGAGGGCGGCGUGCGGCAGCUUCUCCUGGACGACGGGGGCGGGGCCGCGGGAGGCGGCGGCCGGCAGAAGGACGCAACGCGGGGGAGGAGGAAGAAGGCCCCGGCUGCAGCGGCGAAGGCGACUCUGCGUGGACGCAAGCGCGGCAGAGAGUCGACGGACGCGUCGCCUGCGAAACGCGGCAGCGAAGGGGGCGGCCGGCGGGAAUCCCCCAACGGCGAGCCGACAGGCGUAAAGCGGCGGCGGCGGGACGGGAGCCGCACAGUGCCGCACAACCACACGGCUGCUGCCGCCGGUGAUCGCCCGGCAAAGCCGCCGGCAGGGACGAAAAAGAAGGAAGGCGAAAAGAAGCAGAAGAAGAAGGGGGCGGCGAACGCUCAGUAA